CCAGUAAUGGAGGGUAGCAGUGCGAUGCCUCCUCUAGGAGAGCCCUCAAUUCCAAUGAUCGCAGCAUGUGCACCAGCACUAUCAGCCAUGGAAUCGGUCAACAGUGUUCAAAAUCAAGAUUUCAGCGAUGCAACGUCAUUCGCAGAAAUUAAUUCCCCAAUGCUUCUCAUUGAUGAUUCCAAUACACCGGAAAAAAAAGAAUCAUUCUCUCAAGAGGCUCAGGUGCUUGCUGCCAGAGAUGAUUGUGAUGUUCAGCAGACAGAAAAUCGUGAGGGGAUUAAAAUCAUGUUUGUCAGUGAUCAAUACAAGAAGAUUAGAGAAGUGUGUUAUGACACAACAUCCAUGACUGCUAAAUGUUCUUGCAAGCUUUUUGAGUCCAAGGGAAUUGUGUGCCGUCACAUUAUUAGGGUAUUGAGGGGUGCGAAAAUAAAUGAAUUGCCAAGCCUUUAUAUUCUUAAGCGAUGGCAGAAAAAUUGCAAAAGGGACAUUGUCUAUGAUGGGGAAGGGAAUGUGCUUGAAGAAAAUUUAACAGAUCCGGUUGACAUUGUUGUGAAAAGGAAGAUAGUUGCUGUGAGGGACAAGCUAGAAGAUCUCAUACAAAAAUCCAAACGCUCCAUGGAAGGAAUUGAAUUCCUGCACAAUAGUUUGUGUGGCAUUGAGUUGGGUUUAGCCCAACUAGUUUCGACCGUGCCAUGCAAUACACAAGAAAAUGAGGAGUCGUGUAUUGGGAGUGUCAUUCCAAAGGAUGUUACCAUCCUCACACCUAAGGAUAUCAAUGCAAGGGGCACAUGCUCUAGAAUAAAGGGCCAUAGGGAUGGUGCAAGGAGUGGAUCCGGUGAGAAGAGAAGGCCUGGAAUUCAUCAAAAAGUCGCGCGCAAAUGCAGCAUUUGUAAGGAAAUGGCGUUUCAUGAUGCAAGAACAUGUUCUAAGAAACAAAAAACAAAACAAUAGAGGUAGGUCGAACUGAUCAAGUCUAUAAGAGUCCAACCUCUCCCAGCAGGAAGCUCGAUUACCAGGAAGCACUAACACAAGGCAGAAUGAUAGAUAUUUUUGGUCUUGUACCAGCAAGACGCUUGUUGGGCGAUGAUAAUUUCAGUCUUUACCACUUGGUCUUGCCGGCCAUAUAUUAAAAAUGAUCUGUAUGUUUCAUGUAGUCAAGUACUCAAAUGCUUGCUGAGCACUGAUAAAUUCAGUCCUUAAUUUGUUCUACUUCCAGUUUGACAUGUACGUGUGGUCCUACUUGCCUCUUGUGAUGUGUUCUCAUGUACUCAAGUACUGAAAUGCUUGCUGAACAUCGAUAAUUUCAAU